AUGCCCUCUCCCAGCAUCAUCGAUCACUCGCCCCAUCAGCCUGAUCCUUCGCCGCCAAUCCCGACUGCCUCCAACCUCAUCCUUAUCGACAACUACGACUCCUUCACCUGGAACAUAUAUCAGUAUCUAGUCCUCGAGGGAGCUACCGUACAUGUUUUCAGAAAUGACCAGAUUUCCAUCGGGGAGUUGAUUCAGAAGCAGCCGACGCAACUCAUCAUCAGCCCCGGUCCCGGACAUCCCACAACCGAUUCUGGCGUCAGUCGAGAUGCCAUCCGUCACUUUGCCGGCAAAAUCCCCAUUUUUGGCGUUUGUAUGGGACUCCAAUGCAUGUUCAACGUCUAUGGCGGCGAGGUCAACUCGGCUGGGGAAUGGCUUCAUGGAAAGACCUCCCCCCUGACGCACGACUCCAAGGGCGUCUUUGCCGGCCUUGAUCAGGGGCUUCCUGUCACGAGAUACCACUCACUUGCUGGCACCCACCUGACGCUUCCGGAAUGCCUGGAGAUCACAUCCUGGGUGGCAAAUCCCGACGGCUCGCCGGGCAUCAUCCAAGGCAUCCGUCACAAAGAGUUCGCCAUGGAAGGCGUCCAGUUUCACCCAGAGAGCAUCCUCACCGCCCAGGGACGCAAGAUGAUCCGCAACUUUUUGCACAUGCAAGGUGGAACUUGGAAGGAAAAUGCCGUCCUGCAAAACGCUGCGGCAGCCAACGCGCCAGCCGCCGCGGAGGGCAAGUCGAAGAGCAACAAUAUCCUUCAAAGAAUUUAUGCGAGCCGCAAGGCCGCCGUGUCCAUCCAGAAGCAGAUUCCCUCUCAGAGGAUGGCGGAUUUGCAGGCAGCUUACGACCUCAACGCCGCUCCGCCGCUGGUUCCGUUUAUCAAUCGUCUGCGUCAGACGCCGUUUGAUCUGUCACUCAUGGCUGAGAUCAAGCGUGGUUCGCCAUCAAAGGGGGUGUUUGCCCUCGACAGCAACGCUCCUACGCAAGCGCGCAAGUACGCCCUAGCGGGUGCGAGCGUCAUAUCCGUUCUCACAGAACCGGAGUGGUUCAAGGGGAGUAUUGAGGAUCUGAGAGCUGUUCGCCAGGUGCUGGAUGGAAUGCCAAACAGACCAGCCAUCCUGAGGAAGGAAUUCAUCUUUGACGAGUACCAAAUCCUCGAGGGGAGAUUGGCAGGCGCAGACACAGUCCUGCUCAUUGUCAAGAUGCUUGACUAUGAACUUCUGGAGCGUUUGUACAGAUACUCCGUCUCCCUCGGGAUGGAGCCUCUGGUGGAAGUGCAGAACGCGGAAGAAAUGACAGCAGCCGUCAAGCUGGGAGCGAAAGCGAUCGGCGUCAACAACCGCAACCUCGAGAGCUUCGAGGUGGACCUGAACACGACCGGCCGGUUGAGAAGCAUGGUUCCCGCAAGUACCUUGAUAUGCGCCCUCAGCGGCAUCAACACGCACGACGACGUGUUGAUGAAUAAGAAGGAUGGCGUCGAUGCUGUCUUGGUCGGGGAAGCGAUCAUGCGCGCGCCGGAUGCCGGCGUCUUCAUCAGUGAGCUGUGCUCAGGAUCCAAGCCUUCAGUCGACAAGGAGGUGCCCCGGCCGCUCUUGGUCAAGAUCUGCGGGACUCGCACUGCCGAGGCUGCGCAAAGGGCAGUGGAAUCAAAGGCCGACCUUGUUGGCAUCUGCCUCGUGCCGGGGGCGAAACGAUGCAUAUCGCACGAGAAUGCGGUGGCGAUAUCCAAGACCAUCCAUGCACAAUCAGCCUCUGGCGAGCCCUGUGCUGAGCAGGACGAGCAGGUCUCUGCGACGAAGGCGACGGAUUACUUUGACACUGCCGGCUCAAGACUGCGCGGCGCGCGAACGCUGCUUGCUGGCGUGUUUCAGAAUCAGCCGUUGCGCGAGAUACUCGAAAAGCAAAGACUGUACGGCUUGGAUCUCGUACAGCUUCACGGCGAUGAGCCGAUUGAGUGGGCGAGGCUCAUCCCUGUUCCCGUCAUCAGAGCAUUCAAGCCUGGCGUCGUCGGUCUGGGCUUGAGGGGAUACCACACGAUCCCCUUGUUGGACUCUGGUGCCGGGUCGGGCAAGCUUCUGGACGUGUCGAGCGUCAAGGCGGCGCUGGAGACGGACCCUGAGCUGAGAAUCGUGCUGGCGGGCGGCUUGAACCCCGACAACGUGGCCGCGGCAGUUCAUGCACUCGGUGAUCUGGGCAGCCGCGUGUUGGGGGUGGAUGUGAGUAGCGGCGUCGAAGAGGGUGGGAAGCAAAGUUUGAGCAAGAUAUCUGCAUUUGUUGAGGCGGCCAAGAACAUCAGAAAAUCAUAG